AUGGACGCCGCCUCGAAUCAUAGCGGUAAGCACUCUGCAUACGACGCAGUCGAAAUGAACGGCAUCGAGACGGAGAAACUUCAGCCGAAAGUGAUCACUCCGACGUCAAAGCGAGAUCGGCGGCGACUCCGUCGGCGAAAACAACUGGUGUCAUAUUUUGUUAUUUUGCUUUUGUCUGUGUGCAUAGUUGCUUUAGUUGUAGCCUAUAUCUCUUUAUUGUACACUUCAACACGAGCUACUGUGUGCUUGACACCCGAGUGUCUAGCGACGGCUUCCUUUUUAACGGGGAACAUGAACACUUCUAUCGAUCCGUGUGACGACUUCUUUGAGUACGCUUGCGGUGGGUGGAUUAAGAAAAACCCGAUUCCAUCUGAUCGGGUUUUCUGGGGAAUUGACUCAAUUCUUUGGAAAGAAACGCAAGAAUUUUUAAAGGAACUUAUUGAGGAAGAUAUCGAGAGGUAUACGGAAUCCUCCUCUGAAAGGAAGGCAAAAGAAUUGUACCAGUCGUGCAUGAACAAAGAGCAAAUCGAGAACGCACAAGGAGAGCCGAUGAAGCAGCUGAUAGAACGUUUACAAGGCUGGUACGGCCUAGGCAGCUGGAACGAAAAUACAUGGAAUAUGUUGGACAUGCUGAUACUACUGCAUGGUGAAUUGUGGAACGAUCCUUUCUUUGCCUUCGGCGUGGGCGUUGACGAUAAAAACUCGAAAAGAAACAUCAUACAGAUUGAUCAAGGCGGUCUUGGUUUAAUGGACAAGAGUUAUUACCUUGGAAACCAUACCACGGUUAUUAACGCAUACCGUGAAUUUAUGGCAACUAUUGCUGGGCUCCUAGGGGCGGAUCAGCGGAAGGUCGAACAGUUUGUGGAAGACGUCAUGAAAUUUGAAACAGCCUUAGCUGAGGUAUGA